AUGGUCCUUCAUCAGUUCGAUUAUCUCCUUGCCAUCGGCACCAUCUUUGCUGCCCUUGAUGCUUGGAACAUUGGAGCCAACGAUGUUGCCAACUCAUGGGCCACCUCGGUCGCCGCCCGCUCCGUCACCUACCUCCAAGCCAUGAUCCUCGGCUCCAUCAUGGAAUUCGCCGGUUCUGUUGGCGUGGGUGCCCGCGUAGCCGACACCAUCCGCACUAAAGUCGUCGACACCACUCUCUUUGCCAACGACCCGGCCCUCCUGAUGCUGGGCAUGGUUUGCGCCGUUGUUGCCUCUUCCCUCUACCUGACCAUGGCCACUCGCUUCGGCCUGCCCGUCUCCACCACCCACUCCAUCAUGGGCGGUGUUAUCGGCAUGGGCGUUGCGGCCGUCGGUGCCGACGGCAUCCAAUGGGUCGGCUCGAGCAUCAACGACGGCGUGGUAUCGGUCUUCCUGGCCUGGGUCAUCGCGCCCGGCCUCGCCGGCGCCUUCGCGUCCAUCAUCUUCCUCGUCACCAAGUACGGCGUGUUGCUCCGUUCAAACCCGGUCUACAAGGCCUUUGCGGUGGUGCCCAUUUACUUCGGCAUCACCGCCUCACUGCUCUGCAUGCUCCUGCUCUGGAAAGGCGGCAGCUACAAGGUGACGCUAAGCAACGCCGAAAUUGCGGGCACCAUCAUCGGCGUCGGCGCCGCCUGGGCCUUGCUAGUCACCAUCUUUUUGAUGCCUUGGCUUUACCGCGUCGUCAUCCUCGAGGACUGGCAACUCCGCUUCUGGCACAUUCCUCUCGGCCCCCUCCUUCUCCGCCGCGGAGAGGUCCCGCCCCCGCCUGCGGACGGCUCCGGUGUCGUCCAGGAUUUCUAUGCCGGUCGCUUGACAAAGGAGCAACUCGCUGCCCGCCGUGCCGCUCAAACCGGUGACUCGGAAAUGGCCGCCGGUGCCGUGGUAUCCUCCACCUCCAACCCCUCGGCCCCCACCGACGGCGAAAAGGGGGCCACCAUCACCAAGGACGACUCCUCCUACUCGCACGACCAUUCCGAGCCCGCCCCGGCCCAACCCCAAAUCAAGACCAUCGUCGGUCCUCGCCCGGCCGGUCCCUGGCACUCGGGUGCCGUCCUUUUCUGGUACGUCAAAUGGGCUUUGUUCCGCGGCAUCGACCAAGACGUCCUCUCCUCCCAGCAAGAAAAAUCCGUCAUCUCGUCCGACGUUGAGGAACUCCACGCGCACGCGGCGCACUACGACAACAAGACCGAGUACAUGUACUCCUUUUUGCAAAUCAUGACGGCAGCCGCCGCCUCUUUCACGCACGGCGCCAAUGACAUUGCCAACGCGAUUGGCCCUUAUGCGACUGUUUUCCAGCUCUGGAAGGACGGCGCUCUUCCCGAGAAGGGCAAGGCGGAUGUUCCCGUGUGGAUUUUGGUGUUUGGUGCUUCCUGCUUGGUGAUUGGCCUGUGGACGUAUGGGUAUAACAUCAUGAGGAACUUGGGCAACCGGAUUACGUUGCAGAGUCCGAGCAGAGGGUUUUCGAUGGAGUUGGGGAGUGCAGUGACGGUUAUUUUGGCUACUCGGUUGAAGCUACCUGUGUCGACUACGCAGUGUAUCACGGGCGCUACUGUCGGUGUUGGUCUUUGCUCGGGCACGUGGAGGACCAUCAACUGGCGCCUUGUGGCUUGGAUCUACAUGGGCUGGUUCAUCACUCUGCCUGUUGCCGGCAUCAUUUCGGGAUGUUUGAUGGGUAUCAUCAUCAAUGCUCCUCGCUGGGGGUAUAGCGGCUGA